UGAAUACACAGAUCUAUCACCGAUUGUGCCCCAUGAUAUUACAUUUGCGGGUGACAUUGAGGCGACCGCAGUGUGACAGAAUUUACGGUCCUACUUACCACUUUCUUACCUUCAUCUUCCUCGGCGCACUGCAAAGAGAGCUUCGGUAUUGACUUUUGGAUACAGGGAGAUGGGGGACGAGGAGGAGGCUCCACGAAAGGGCGUGGGGAGCCUGGCAAAGUUUUUUGAAUCCCAAAUGCCCACUACUGACACAUUAUCGGCGGACCGAGGUCAUAACAGUCAUCACAUACUACCAGGCUCCAAUGUGGGCAGCAGACGCGUAUCGACUGUGGGGCGAUUCACAACCUCUUCAGUACCAAAAAGGACAUCAAUCUACGAGCGCUCUGGAGUUUCGCCACCGAUUGAGCGAUCAAUAGGGGGUUGGCCAAAUGGGCCGCUACACGGCAGUUCGCCUAUAUUGAAUGCUGGCAUGGGAUCUCCCGACACUGUGUUUGGGCGGUCAAACGGGUCGCAUGGGGAUUUGAGACAUGGAGGAGGCAGUACGGUAGUACCUCGACCACGACGUGAAAAUAACGAACAAGCAGAUGACUCUGCGUCAGGGAAGAAAAGAAUAUCGGUGUCCCGAUUGAGUCAGUUUUUUGAAAACGCCAUUGAUUUGCAUACGCCUUAUCCGCCGAGCUCUGGUGCUCCAGGAGUAAUAUCCCGUAAUACUACAUAUGUUGGGAUUCCAAAGUCUGGGUCAACAGGAAACCUUCACGAGCAUCAUAGCCGACCACUGGGGAACAAACCUCCACCGCCGUUACGACAACAGCGUCUUGGUGCAUCUGCCUCUGCCGAGCAUUUGCCCAACCAUGCACGACCGGGCUCUGGGGCAGAUGGCUAUAUUAAUCCCUUUCUGGCAGACGAAGAGCGAUCACUGGAAACGUUGCUCUCAUCAGAUAAUAUUGAAGUACCUAAAACAGUGCCAGUUUCGCAGCGCAUUGCUUCAAUAUCAGCGGCCAUAUCUGCCACCCAUGGUGAGCGUCCGUCUUCUAUUUACACUCCACCGCGUUCUCCACUCUCUGAAUCCUCGAUGACAUCACGCAAUACCUCACCUUCUACGCGCACGUUCAGUCCCGUACCGCCCCCUAGCUUGCCUUCUUCACCAGCAUUCAAACGUGCCCGGCCACCGGUUGUGCCGAGCCCGGCGGCUUUGGGUAUGAGAGAUUUUUCAUCGACUCCAUCACUAUCUGUUGGCGCACCUAUGGAUGCCGCCCACAAAACACGCCCCCCAUCAACAAUCAUCGUCAUGCCUGACCCGCGAAGUACUUACCUUCCCAACCAAUCCCAUCACGACACUCCCAUACAUGAUGCCCCCGUCCCACAACCUCCCAAUAGAGCCCAUUCGAGUCAGGCGCUUCUUUCCGUUUCUGAAGAAGGCAGCAGAACCCCAAGUCCGCUUCCAGAUGGCAGCAGAGGGGAAGCGAAACGGGACCAUGUUGUCCGCGAGAUAAUUUCAACCGAGAAAGGGUUCUUGAAGGACAUGGAGGUGCUAAUGGAUGUGUAUGCACUCCCGGCAUCGCACGCACAGGUGCUGUCACAACAAGACCUCAAGCAUCUUUUCUCUAAUUUGGACGUAGUCAUAACAACGUCUAGAGCGCUACUAGAGUUGCUAGAAGCGGCAGCAGGAGCACCGGAUCAAUGGAUUGGUGAAGCCUUCAAUCAAAUGAUGCGGAAGAUUGAGACCACAUAUUGCGAGUAUUGCAAGCAUAACGAGGCUGCCAUGACGAAGCUGGCCGAAUUCGCAUCACCGGAAUGCCCGCCGCAAAUAAAGGACUUUCUCAAGGACUGCCAAAUGAAGCUUCAAGGUCGAACCGGCGCUUGGGACCUUGGGAGUUUGGUCAUUAAGCCAGUUCAGCGCGUACUCAAGUAUCCUUUACUUAUCAAGCAACUGCUGAAAGAGACACCUCCGGCGCACCCCGAUUUCGAGCAGCUUUGCAAAGCCGCGGAGGACAUUGAACUUGUGGCCGAGAAGAUCAACGAGGUCAAGAAACGCAAAGAUCUCGUUGAAAAGUACGUCGAUGGGAAGGGGAACGUGAACGUAAUACAUGGAAUUACGAAAAAGUGGACACGAGGCACUCAACAGCUCAAAAAAGCGACCGGGCUAGCAGAGCCCGUUACCACUUCGGACGCAUUGUAUGACGCUCUAGUUGACAAACUAGAUCAACAGUUCCGCGGCGUGCAGCAAUUAGGGAGUGACCUCGCACAGUGGUUAGCAAGGGUAAAACAGUUGUUUGAUCUUCAGGAGACCAUCGCUACUGCGUUUGAAGAUGUAUAUGUCAUGGAACGCUCGACUUCAUCUUUGGAGGGUGGUGAUGACUUUUUUCCCAUUCAAGAAUAUCAGAAAGCGUGUGUGCGCCAUACUAUUGGAACAUGGAGAGAUGCGGAGAAUCAAAUCAAAACCGUCAUUCAACCUGCCCUGGAUACGUUGCUGAAAAAGUUCAAAGAUCCGCAAACGGUGAUGCGAAAGCGGGAAAAGAAGUUGCUUGAUUACGAGCGCGCGAUGGCGAUCAAAGCUCGAGGGGAGCAGGUGGACAAAACACUCAACGACUCUGCCGAAGCGUAUAGCUCCUUGCAUGCUCAGCUGGUGGAGGAGCUUCCACAGUUUCUAGACUUGGUCGCGAAAUAUAUCGACGUCGUGGCUGUGUAUAUUGCAGACCUGCAAGCACAGGUUCAUGCGAGUAUUGUCUCCGAGCUAAAGCCGAUUUUGGAAUUGACGGGAGGGACUAACCAAGAUAUUAUUGGGGGUUACCUUGGGGCCAUGGAAACCGGGGGAAGGGUUGACGUCAUUGCGAGAAAUGUUAAUCUUCUCGCAAGGUGGAGAAGUGACAUAUGGGGUCCCGAAGCAGCGGUACGAAAGUCACAGGACGAGAAUGGAUGGGACAAUGUACCUCGGCCGAGAGCAAACACUAUUGCGACACCAGCGUCCAUCGAAAGUGAAAUGCAACGAGGAUUUGCUACCAACCCGCAGAGUCGAAGCUCGCCAAAUGUCUUCCGAAGCGGUUCGGUAGGGAGGAUGGCGGGAGAAAACGAGCCAAGCAUUCUUGUUAACGCUGAAGAUUCUGCUCAUCCCAAUACAUUCCUCGGCUCUUCCAUCGCUCCUCUCACUCCCUCGCCUUACGUCUUCUCAAGUGGAACCUCACCAUUGCCCUUGGAACCCACGUCAACAGCCGCUCUCCCUGUUCCCGAUAUCACUCAAGACCCAGCACCACCACCCACUCCAGACACGUCACCAGAGUUUGAUGCGGUGGCCUUGUAUGAUUUCGAAGCUGAUCUACCAGAAGAGGUCGAUCUAAAGGCCGGCGAUCGAAUUGUAGUGUAUGAGGCCGACGGGCGCGGGGGGGACUGGUGGUUCGGUUAUGUGAAUGGGAAGGAAGGCUGGUUUCCGGGGUCGUAUGUAUCUCGCGUGGAAAAGUAACGUUUCCAGACAAGGUUCUCAGCUUUCGAGUCCUUGUUUCUUCAUUUUUGGUGACUAUUUUCCUUGUAUUGACAUGCUACCAUAGUGUAUUCAUGUAGUGUAGGCCAAAGCUUUAAGAAUUUUGGGCGGCCUUUUUUGUCAAAUUUCAACUAUUUUUAUCUAUUGUCUGCCUCUCGCUCUACAUACUCUAAACAAAGAAGCACACAGCAAACUACAAAAAUA